CGCGCCCGGCCUCCCGCUCCUCGCAGAGGAAGUGUGUGGCGUGUGUAGCAACUGCUGCUCCUCUCGAUAGCAUGGGCCGGUCUGCACCCCGGGGAGGCCGGGCCCCCCGCUCACUCUGCGGGAGCAGCAGCGGCUGACGGAGAGGCCGUGACGGGGACCCUCGCCAGCUACUCCCCGGGGCGACCAUGUCCAGCCUUUGAAGGGCUCGCGCUGCAUCCGCGUAACCAACAUUCGCGAAUCUCGUCGCCACGUACAAACAGCCACCUUUGGAGAAGCGGGCUGCCUGGCACAUGAGGCGCGAUGUACCCUAAACUGGGUCACUCUGCACCCCGAGGGCUGGGCGCGUGGCUGACUCUCCGUGUGUACCCCCUGUGCCGCAGGCUCCGCGCGUCCUCCGCAGCCCGGGGAGCCAGAGAGAUGGGAAACAGCAUGCGAUCCGCCCCGGCGCCGCCCGAGAGGCCUCCGCCCUGCUCAGACGGAAUGGAGAGCGACUUCCUGGCCGUGCUGACCGAUUACCCAUCUCCUGACAUCAGCCCCCCGAUAUUCCGCCGAGGGGAGAAGCUGCGUGUGAUUUCUGACGAAGGGGGCUGGUGGAAAGCCAUUUCCCUCAGCACUGGACGGGAGAACUACAUCCCCGGGAUAUGUGUGGCCAGAGUUUACCAUGGCUGGCUGUUCGAAGGGCUGGGCAGAGACAAGGCCGAGGAGCUGCUGCAGCUGCCCGACACGAAGAUCGGCUCCUUCAUGAUCCGGGAGAGCGAGACGAAGAAAGGCUUCUACUCGCUCUCGGUGCGGCACCGGCAGGUCAAGCACUACCGCAUCUUCCGCCUGCCCAACAACUGGUACUACAUCUCGCCGCGGCUCACCUUCCAGUGCCUGGAGGACCUGGUCAACCACUACUCCGAGGUGGCCGACGGCCUGUGCUGCGUGCUGACCACUCCCUGCCUCACCCAGAGCACCGCGGCCCCGGCCGUGAGGGCCUCCGAGUCGCCCGUCACCAUGCGCCAGAAGACCCCGGACUGGAGGAAGAUGUCCAGGCUGCAGGAGGACCCCGAGGGCGCGGAGAACCCACUGGGGGUGGACGAGUCCCUCUUCAGCUACGGCCUCCGGGAGAGCAUCGCCUCCUACCUGUCGCUGGCCGGCGACGGCCGCGCGCCCCUGGACCGGAAGAAGAAGAGCAUCUCCCUGCUGUACAGCGGGAGCAAGCGGAAGAGCGCCUUCUUCUCGUCGCCGCCCUACUUCGAGGACUAGCCCGGGCCGGCCGGCCGGACGCACGGCGUGUGCCCAGCGGGAGCGGACUCUGGACUCUCGCCCGGGGUCCAGCCGGGGGGCACGGUCGCCCGGUCCCCGGGAACCUCGCGUCUUCCGGACGCCAAGGGAAGCUACCUGAGCUCGCGCGCCCACCUUCUCUGUCCACGUCGGGACACAGGGACCCUCCCUGGCGUCGGGCCAGGUCUGGACAUCACCCAACGUCGACGCGCGAGGCGAUCGCGCAAUGCUCCGGAAGAGCCUGCUUGUAUGUUGUGUGCGCGUCGUGUUUGCGGGGAAGACAGCCAGUCUCUCCCAGGAAAGGGUGCGGGGCCCGCCCCCACCACACGGCCCUCCGAGCUCACAGAGGAAACGCCGGGACGAAGACCGGCCAACAGCUGCGUCCCGGGCCAAGGUCCGGGUUUGCAUCCGGGUCCCCGGCACGGCACCUUCUCAGCCGCCCACAGAGGCCUCCGGUACACACGCACCUCCUCUCGCGAAGGAGCUCAGGGACCCUAAAAGCUCACCCACCGUCCUAAUUAGCCCUGAAGCUCUCUGUGCCCCUUGGAUCCCAAAGCCACAUGUGCAGAGGCCACAUGGCCUCCCCGCCUCUGCAGGGGGCGAGGCCCAGGGGCAAGGGGAGGCUGCCGGGAGGGGCGCUUGGUGUGGGGCGGACCGCACGAGCUUCCACCACACCCCGCUGCAGCUUCGCCGCACAGAGCUUGGAGGCAAACCCCAAGGCCCCCCAUUAACGCGCCCAGACCCCCUCCUGGCUGCGAAGAGGCACCGUGUCCUGUCCUCUGUGAGGUGUCAGGGAAAAAAAAAGACCACUGAGCCCCAGGCCCCCGCAGAGGUCCGCGGUGCGGACAGAGAGAAAGUGUGUGAAUGGAGAUCAUGAAAAGGGGGUGUCAAGGCAGACAUCGGCGCCUGGCUCUGCAUGGGACAGGGGUCGCGUGGGGUGACCCGGAUCCCAGGUUUCAGCUGGACCUUCGGAGAGAGAGGGCGUGGCUGGGCGGAGCAGGUCAGAAUGGUCGCCCACUGAUAAGUUCUAGAGCGUUCAUCUGUCCGGUGUUUUAUCCUACGAGGGGUCUGGCGCGCACACGGAUCCAAGUGCUGAGCUUGGGGAACGAGGGGGUCAGAGGGCUUAGUUCUGGCUCCAUCGCUGCUCCAGGGCCUCACGAGCAGGAGCCGGGUCUCCAGCCGCCCCCGGGCCCUGCCCCUGCCAGGAGGGCUGCCCGGAGCCAGGCCUCGCUCUCCCCGCUGGCAGGGGCCAGGGAGGGGCGGUGCCUGUGCCGGGGUGCCUCUCGCUGCCCGAUGCGAGCGUCUGUCUGUCCGCCAUGCGCAUUCCGCACGUCUGAGGUCACUGUGCUCGCCGCACGUGUCGACGCGUUUACAUGCUUUUCUGUAUCAGCAGAGCCCGGGCUGUUUACACCAAAAGACAUCUGGGGUUUCCCUGCACCCAAAAGGCUUCGCAGGGACCGGCCGAGGCCUGGGAAGCGACUGCAGCUCGUGCGCACUGCCGCCGACGUAAGGCCGGGGCCGCCGCCCGCCAGAUGUCUGCACAGGGUCCCACGUGGUCUUUUCCGUUGUGACUCUCGUGGUUGGAGCGUGUGGGGAGGACGCGAGGGAUUUCUAAGUGGGAAGCAUUACGUUUUGCUAAAUCAUGUAUUUAUUCCUGAUUAAAAUAAACCUAAUGCGUAUUUAA